UCAGCCUCUUCAGUCUGGCGAUACGCUCCGGGUCCACCACCCCUUUCAUCGCCUUCUGCCGCCUCUUCUCCACAUUCUCCGGCUUGGCCCUUCCCCGACCUCCCUUCAGAAAGCUCUCGUAGGCUGACACAUUGUUAAAACAUUUGACAUUUGGAAAGGGAAGCGGUACAGUCGGCGAGUACAAGGCCAUGAGAGGGUCGAAGUUGUCGGAGCACACAUCUAUUUUAUCUGCGCCAUCGUCCACAUCUUUACUGCCUGCCUCAGUCUCAAGCUCCGGUACUAAUGGUGUACUCGAGCAGGCUGCUUGUGUUUCUUCUCUGUCUGUAGGUACACUUUUUCUUUCCCUCUCCUCCAUGUUUCAAACAGUCGCAGAUGAGCAGAACACACACCGUGAAGCAAGGGAUCCUGGGAAAGUUGUACGCGUAGGUUAGGCCUGAGCCUUCACUCUGGUCCUAUUUCAAGAAACAAAAACUGGAGCAGAGCAGCCAAUUCAACACGUUUGAUCCCCAAAACGUUGGAAUUCUGAGCCCCCUCAUGCUGAUUGGACGGGUCUGCAGAUUAGGUGGACGUCUCGGGCCUUCUUGUGUUGUUGGAUCCUUCGCCCGCCUUUUUACCAAUUCCAGAAACAUGGCCAAGAGCAAGUUUGAGUAUGUCCGCAAAUUCGAAACAGACGACACAUGUCUACGAAACUGCUACAUCGUGGUGAGACUGGACGGGCGCAAUUUCCACAAGUUUGCAGAGCAGCACAACUUUACCAAGCCCAAUGAUAACAGAGCCCUGGGUCUGAUGAGCAGGAGUGCACACUCUGUGAUGGAAGAACUGGAAGAUAUCGUCAUAGCAUAUGGUCAAAGUGAUGAGUUCAGCUUUGUUUUCAAGAGGACCUCCACCUGGUUCAAGAGGAGAGCCAGCAAGCUCAUGACCCAUGUGGCUUCCCAGUUCUCCUCCUCAUAUGUGUUUUACUGGAAGGAGUAUUUUGGAGAACAGCCCCUGUUGUACCCCCCAGGCUUUGAUGGACGUGUGGUCUUAUAUCCUAGCAACCGCAACCUCAGAGACUACCUCAGCUGGAGGCAAGCAGACUGUCACAUCAACAAUUUGUACAACACAGUGUUUUGGAUGUUAGUAUUAAAGGGAGGACUCACCACAAUCCAGGCCGAAGAUCGAUUAAAGAGAACAUUAGCUGCAGACAAAAAUGAGAUCCUGUUCACUGAGUUCGACAUCAACUACAACAAUGAAUCUGCCCUCCACAGGAAAGGCACUGCGCUCAUCUGGGAGAAGCAAGAUGAAACUGUCAUCAAACGCAUGAAGCUGCCGAAUGAGGAGGAGAAGGAGGUGCCCGUGACACGCAGCAGGAGGAAGGUGCAGGCCUACCACUGUGACAUUAUAGGAGAUCAGUUCUGGGAGGAACACACAGACAUUCUGGAGGAUGACAACUGCUAACACCUCCGCCUGUUAUGUAGAAAAGAAAAAUACAGAGCUGAGUCACGUCAGGAUGGUAGAAGUGGACCAAUGACUAAACUGAUUACACUGAAUGUGUCGGACAACAUGCCUCCUGUGAAGCUUGGUGUACUUAAAUAAUUUUCAAAGACUGACUUUGUAGAAGUACUCUAGCACAGCUGGAACAAAUCAUGACCAUCAUGUUUUUAACGUCUGUCACAAUUUCUAAACCGGUUCUGCUGAAAUUGCGUGAAGGCGUCUGUCAUGUUCAUAGGGAAGCUGAUGAUUUCAUAAUAUAUAAGAAGUGGGUGUUGUGCACAUGCACAGUAGUUUGAUACUGAACAAUGUUGUACUGAUUGAGACAUCUGUACACCUCUCAGUUACCAACCCCAGUACAUCUAGCUCUCCUGAAGUUCCUUUUCCAUAUAUAUCUCCUCAUUUGAGAUCAUGAAUGGCAUUUAGUCUACUACAAGCAUUUGAUCUUUUGGCAUGUCUAACUAUUGGCUCUUAAUAUUUUUGCUGAGGAUUUUUUUUUCACGUCUGUGUGAGUGUUAAACUCCUUCCUCGAAAAGAGCUGAAUUUUAUGUCCGACAUUUAAUGAUUCAGGAUACUAAUCUGCAGAGUGUUCAAUAUCAAGUCAGGUUUGUAGUAAAGAAGGGUGUGUCGAAGGUAGAAAUAAGCGGCGUAAAGCAGAAACCGACACCUUGGCAGUCCCCGUGGCCUUGUCUUGCAGCCAGGACACCAUUUAGAGAUGUGAAUGGAAUCAGUGGCCUGCACUGUCAUCAGUGCUAAGAAUACCUCACACACCCUGCGUACACUCUAUCCUCCUGACAUGUGCUCUGUGGAAUACUUAUCAUCACACUUAUAAAUGACCGGCUCAGUAUGAAUGGCUGCUGGAGGCUUGAAGUGUUAGAGGCCUACUGUAUUUUGUUUCUGUAGUAGGCUCGGUUACUGUCAGGUAUUAGAGCCUUAUUUUUGGUUUAGUGACCUUAAUAGAAACAUGUAGCUCUUGUACUGUACUUUAUGUAACCAGGAUUCAGCUCGUCUGUUUGCAUUCAGGAUCACAUUGUUUUGCAGAAGUCUGUUAUGAUAAGACUUCUUCAUUGCAUGUUUUUUUACAGCUUAAUAUAGAACAACCCCUGCUAUUAAUGAAGGGGUGGCUCUUUGACAUUAACUUACUUGGACUACUGCCAGACUCAACACAUACAAUGACUCGACAUAUGGCCUCACCAGAGCGCGUUGAGGCAAGUGCAGUUAUUUAAAGGCAGCAUGUGUUUACAUGCAAGGAUUAAACUAAAGCCCAUUGGGCUACUGGUUUGACCAUAUAGAGGAAAUAGUCAACAUAACCUUUGCAAAACUGGACUCACUUGUAAAAGUGUCAAACUGGAGCCAAAAUUGAAGCUCAGUAUACAAUACAAUAAAGUAAGCAGAAUUUAAA